AUGGAAAUAUCAACAUUAGAAUCAAGUCUACCAAAUGAAGUGUAUGACUUUAUUUUUCUCUAUUUAAAAUCUGUUGAUAUUAUUUAUUCAUUUUUCAAUUUAAAUGAUCGUUUUAAUCAUCUUAUUUAUCCAUUUUUAUGUGCAAUAGAUUUAUCCGAUGCCGACGAGUAUUCGUUGAACAAAUAUUAUCAAACAAUUUUACCAAAAAUUCAUCAUUAUAUCAAAGCAAUCAAAGUUGAUGAUAAAAAUGUUGACUUUGUGUUUCCAUUAUCGUUAUAUUCAAAAAUAUAUCCGAAUCUUGAAUCAGUUUUUAUAACGAAAAUUAAAAAGGAUGGAAAAUAUUUAUCAUAUUUAAAAUUGUUUAAACAAUUAAUAAGUUUAAAAAUUGAUUUUGAUGAAUCGGAAUAUCAGGACACUGUAUCAAAUGAGUUGUGUUCAAAUCUAUUUCAAUCUGAUUGUCGACUACAUACAUUAGUUUUGGAUAAUGUUUACUUAUCUAUUAAUACUCAUAUCAUUCAACUAUGUUUUUCUAUUAGAAACUUGACAGUACAACUACAUUCUCUCGAUAAGGUAUAUGUUCUGUUAAACAAUUUACCUUCAAUCGAAUAUGUAAAUAUUCAUAUGCCGCCGAUUAGGGGGCAGCACCACCACCAACAACAACAAAAUGACGUUGAAUUUAAUUAUGAUAAAAAUAUUCCUUCAACAUUAUCAAAAUUAAAACAUUUUGUAUUCUCCUCUGAAUUUAGUGCUAAUUAUGAUUAUUUAGAAUUGCUAUUAUCUCAUUGUUGCCCUAAUCUAGAACGCUUAUCAGUGGAUUUAUAUAGUCAUGAAUUUAUUGAUGGUGAACGUUUAGAAAAAAAGUUAUUAUUAAAACUAACAAAAUUGAAAGUAUUUCAUUUUUGUUUUCGUAUUCCAGUUCUUGAUAACACAUUGAACAUAGACGAUUAUAUCCAAACAUACAAAUCAUCUUUUUGGAUUAAUAAUCAUCAUUCGAUUUUAUGUUUUAAUCAACCGCUACAUAAUCAAUAUUAUUGUGUAUUUUCAUUACCCUAUGCGUUCGAGAGAUUGUCAUGUGUUACAAAUGAUCUCGUUAACUAUCGAUCGAAUGUCAAUGAUGACAUUUCGUUAUACAGUAACCAAGCAAAAGACAUCGCUUUCUAUGAUAGAGUUCCAUUUACAUUAGAAUUAUUCCAAAUUAUUCAAAAAUCAUGUUUAAAAGCAACAGGACUAACAUUUAUUGUAGCUUCUAUUCGUUUUUUCAGUGAUAAUUUAAUGAAUAAUGAAUUGAUAUUGGAAAACAUCGUUGACGUGUGGUUAUUUCUCGAUCAAUUAAAAUAUAAAUAUUUCAGACGAUUACUAUUAAUGACACCAAACAUUCUAAGAUUAUUCAUAGUAGAGAGCUUACUGUUAGAUAUAAUAAGUGAAUCUCAAACCAAACCAAAUGCUUUUCAAGAAUUACAAUCAAUAUGUAAUCCUAUCAGACAUGUCUUUAUCGGCAGAGGUGCAUACGAAUAUGAUGCCUCAAAGGAUAAUGGUAGAAAACUGUUAUUUCCAAAUGCUAUACUUUCAGGAUGGUAA